ACAUUAGUAUUCACGCGGAACCCCGGCCGGCCGAUACCACAGUGAAAGUACCGGCGUCGUUCGGGCCGCGUCGCCGGCUGUGCGUUCGACACCUGUGACUACAGGUUGUCCUGGUCGGCGUUCGGACGUCAACAUCGUGCCUACAUCACCGAACUAGUCGCGAUCCACGCGAAACAUUCGUGACGGCCGAAUCGUGACUGUGAUCGCUGUGCGAGAUUGCCCAGGACCGGUGGUGUGCUGUCUCUGGCCCAAUCUGUGAGAUCAGUGCUUCGUCCGCGUGAGCGUCGGUGACUGGUCGGCGGCACCUUCUGCGCCCGCUGAUUGCCCUCGGCGCCCAGUACUCGCUCUGAUUGACGCGGUGCGCGGCGUCCGGGACCGGGGCGCGGCGCGUGUCGGUACCCGGUCCUGCCUCUGACGUCAGCGGUCAUGGCAGUGGUAACGGCGCAGCAGGCGUCACCUGAGUGCGGCGAGGCUGGCGCAGCGGCGGCGGCGCCGCACCGCUGACCGAGUGAGCCGACAGCUGCUGGCCGAGCUGCGCCAGCCGUGUGGUGGGCGGGCUGCGCCAGCGCCGGUCAGAUGGAGCCGCAGGCCGAGCGCGAGCGGCCGCCGCCGGUCUCAGCCGCCGGCCGUUCCGAGCUGGAGCUGCCGGCACCGGCCCGACAGGAGCAGGAGUCAUUCAUAGACGAGACGGAGACGGAGACGGAGUCUGGAACGGACACGGAAGGCAGUGAGUCAGAGACUGAGGCCGAAAUGGAGGGGCAUGGCUCGCGCGGGAGCGGCACCCAACACUCGGGAGCGUCUGAUCAGGAGGCCGAGAACGAGGAGCGUGAUCAGCACGCCUCUGAUGAAGAGGAGGAAGAGGAAGACGAGGAAGAAGAGGAGUGUGGGGACUGUGAGGAGGACGACUGUGAACAGUGUGAGGGCGCCGUGGGGGGACAUUUCUCGGACGCUGAGGAGAUGGCGCCGGAGCGGUCGGCGGCGGCCGGUGCCGGUGAGGACGAUGAGGAGGCCGUGCUGCGCGAGCUGGCGCGCUCCUCGGCGCCGGCGCCGGCCACGCCCGGCCUGGACUCGCUGCGCAGCGAGUCGGGCAUCUGCUCGUCGCUCGAGUCGAGCUAUCAGGAGGAGGCGGUGGGCGCGGCCGGGGCAGCUGCUCAGAGCGAAGACCAGCUGGCGCGGCUGCGACGCGACCUGGCGCGCGAGGCCCGCCAGGAACUGCGGCACGCCAUCGCCGCCAAAAACGAGGAGCUGCGGGAGCUGCGCAGCCAGCUGCAGCUGGGCCGGCAGCGGGCGGCCAGCGCCGAGCUGCUGGGACAGCGGCGGCCGGGAGAGCUGCCUCAGCAGCAGCAGCAGCUCAGCCGGCUCCGAGAGCGCAUCAAACGGCUGCAGACCGAACGCGAGGAGCUCAAGGCUGAGGCGCAGCUGUCUCGGAUCCGCGAGAAGCAGCGCUCUGCCGAGCUGCGCCGGCUGCGGCAGCAGCAGCAGCGCCAGCUGCGCCAGCUGAUGGAAGAGUCCGGUCGGGAGAGCGUCCGCGAGACCCGCGAGCUACGCCGGCUGCAGGAGCAGAUCGAGCGCAAGGACCAGGAGCUGUCCGAGCGGGAGAAGCAGAUCGAGCACCUCGAGUGUCAGAAGUGCUACCUGGGGGAGGAGAUCCUGCGCAUCACCGGAGUGGAGGAGGGCUUCUGGAGCGACGAGGUGCUGAAAAGCUCUCGAGUCACUGAUCGUGAGAGGGAGCUCCUGCGACGAUCAUCUCAGCUUGACACCCAGGUCAAGAAGCUGCAGAUACAAUGUAAAAACCUCAAACUAGACAACAAUGGCCUGAAGACCGCCAUGGAUGCCGAGCUGGAGAAACCGCUGGCGAUCCGCGUGAAGGCCGCCGAGAGACUGCGAGAGACACAGCUGCUCAAAAAGAAGAACCAGGAACUCACAAACAUGACGCGCAAACUGGAGGAGAAAGUCAAAACUCUGGAGAAGAAGUCGCGGGAGGUUUCGCAGCAGCAGCAGGAGCGGUCUCGGACGCGGAUCGUUCGGCAGCUGCCGCAGACGCGGGCCGUGCCACCCGAGAUCCAGCAGAGAAUGGCGCCCAGUCUGCAGCAGAAGACGACUACCGUGCAAAAACGGACAGUGAGUGCGCCACAGCGGACAGUGAGUGCUCCGCAGCGGACAGUGAGUGCCGGACAGCGGACAACGAGUGCCGGACAGCGGACAGUGAGUGCCGGACAGCGGACAGUGCGGACAGUGAGUGCCUCUCCGCAGCGCUCGUUGAACGGUGAGCAAAACGGCAGUAGUGUGAGCAGCAGCAGUGAGAGGCUCUCGCAGCGCGAGCGGCCCGGCCUGCAGCAGCGCACCACACUCACUGCCAAACAGCGCGAGCGAGAGUCCGAGUACCAGCGCCAGAUCAAAGAGCGAGACUCUGAGAUCAAACGGCUUAAGGAGCGCAUGAAAAUCAUCAGCGACAAACUUUCAAAGAAGAAUGAACUGCAGAUAUUAAAGGAAAAAGGAAAGAAGGAGCUUGUCAGCGUUAUCACGCAGCUGCAGAGGGAAAAAGCCAAGCUGGAGCUGCAAAUGAACGCGCUGGCAGAGGAGCAGCGCAACCAGCGAGCCUCUGACGUCGACAGAUUCCAGGCUCUCGAAGAGCAGAACAUCACCCUCUCCGCGCAGCUGAACGAGCUCAACAAACUAGUCCAGGAUCACAAGGAGAUUCAAACACAGUUCGAGGAGAAAAUCGAGGAAUGUGAGCAGCUGGCAGAAAGUUUGCACAUCAAGAAUGAAUUAUGCGAUGACCUGGAAAAGCAGCUAACAAGAGUGAUUGAGAAAAACACCGAAUUGACAAUACAAAAUAGCGAUCUUCAGCGACAAAUUCAUGAACUAGAUAGUAUAAGCUUACAAUGUGCAUCGCUCAAAGAGAGUCUCAACAGCGUCGGAACAGAAUAUGAGUCGGCCAAGUUUGAGGUAGAAACCCUGAAGGAAAAAGUUUCAACCCUGGAGUCCGUACUAAGGCAAAUGCGCGAUGCUGCUGAGCGCAAGAAGGAGCUUGAAAAGCAGCACCAGGAGGCUCAGCAGCAGCUGCGGCAGAAGCAGGAGGAGAUCGCCACGCUCACCAAGGCGUCCGAGAGCGAGAAGCAGGCCUCGCUAGACACCAUUCAGACGCUGGAGAGCAAGAUCCGGGAGCUGGAGAAAAAGGCGGAGGUUCAGAGUCUGCGCCAUGAAGAACUCAUGCUGGAAAUGUCAUCGCUCAAAAAGCAGAACAAAUACAAAAACUCUCAGGACGGAAGCCCAGACGGAACCAUCACUCCAGACUCGAUGCUGCUGUCCACGGAGAGCACUGCCCGCUCCACGCCGGUGGGCACGGCCAUCACGCCCGCCAGCCUGGACGCCCUGCCGGAGGUGGACGAGUCACCAUUCUGGACGCGGCGAGUCACAGACAUUCAACUCCCGGCCCGCUCAGUGUCGGGACCGAGCUCGGCCAGCCUCGAGCUGGACAAAUUCCGCGCACAAAUGGAGAGCGAUACCAAGUUUUUGGCCGAGUUAGACAGGGCCCGGUCGGCGCUAGGGCUGGCGGCCUCUCUGGCGAGCAGCGGCGCGCCGGCGGCCGUUCCGCAGCCAGUGUACCUGACCUCAGCGCUGCCGACGCUGCCGGCCGGGCUGACCCAGCUGGGCGCCGACCAGUUGCUGCCCACCAACCCGUUCUCUGCCGGCUACCCGGCGGCCGGCGGCGCCCUGCUGCCGCCCGGCUACAGCCUGGACCCGGCGCUGCGCGUGGUGCCCGUGGCCGGCACACUGCCGGCGGCGCUGCCCGGUCAGGUGGCCACCGUGCAGGCCAUCCCGGCGGGACUCUACCGGGACGACAAGGCCGGGCUGAUGAACGGCACCGUACCGGGCCUCCUGCCGGCCAACAUGGCGCACCACCUCAACACGACGCACGCGCCGGGCGUGGUGGACGUACUAGACAUCCCCGGCAAGGGAAAGUGUCAGGUCUUCAUCGCCAGGUACUCGUACGACCCGUUCCAGCACUCGCCGAACGAGGCGCCCGAGUCGGAGCUGCGUCUGAACGCCGGCGACUACGUGCUCGUCUGGGGCGAGGUGGACGAGGACGGCUUCCUGGACGGCGAGACGCUGGACGGCCGGCGCGGCCUGGUGCCCUCCAACUUCGUCCAGAAACUGGUCGGCGAGGACCUGCUCGAGUUCCACCGGCAGGUGGUGGCCGGCCUGCGCGACUGCGACCGCACCUCCGUCUCCACCUGCGUGCCGCACGACCUCGACUUCAACUCGGCCGACGAGGCGCUCCUCAACAACAUGGCCCACUUGCGCUUCAAUAAGCACGGUGCUCGGAUCCAGCGGCGAAUGCCGGAGGUGCGGCGCGUGCAGGGCUACAGACCGAACGAGUACGCGGCGGGGCGGCCGGUCCAGGACGGGUACGGGCCGCCGGCGCAGUACCCGGCCCAGUACCGGUACGAGGGCUCGCUGCUCAGCGAUGACGAGGAGGAGGAGCACAUGGGCGGAGGCCCCGGCGGACAGGGCACAGUGCCGCCGCCGCGCCAGCUGACGCUCGAGCGCCAGCUCAACAAGUCGGUGGUGAUUGGCUGGAACGCGCCCGACGCGCCGCCGGGCACCGUCGACUGCUACCACGUGUACGUGGACGGCCUGCUGAGGACGAGUGUGCGCGCCUCGGAGCGCACCUGUGCCCUCAUCGAGGGAGUCGACUCGAGCCGGCCGCACCGUAUCAGCGUGCGCGCCGUGACGCCGAACCGGCGCACCUCGCGAGACGCCGCGUGUACCAUGCUGAUUGGCAAGGACGUGCCGCUGGCGCCGACGGCCGUGCGCGCCACUAACGUCACGUCCACGUCGGCCGUGAUCAGCUGGCUGCCGAGCAACAGCAACUUCCAGCACACGGUGUGCGUCAACAGCGUGGAGGUGCGCACCGUCAAACCGGGCGUCUACCGGCACACCAUCACAGGCAUAUCUCCGAAUACGACAUAUCGUGUGAGUGUGAAAGUGAAGAACAUCACGGCACCUCAGUUCGCCAGUCGCACGCCGAAGCAGCUGGAGCGGCUGGCCACGCACAUCGAGUUCCGCACUCUGCCGAAAGGCUGGAAAGGGGUGCCCGACCCGCCGGUGGACGUCCAGUGCGAGCUGGGCCCGCAGGAGGGCAGUCUGCUGGUCACCUGGCUUCCUGUGACCAUCAACUCCACGUCGGGUACCAGCAACGGCGCGCCCGUCACCGGCUACGCCGUCUACGCCGACGGCAAGAAGGUCACCGAGCUCGGCUCACCUACAGGCGACCACGCGCUGAUCGAGCUGAACAGUAUCGCCGGCUUCCAUCCGCGCCAGGUCACCGUUCGCACCAAGUCGCGUGACCUGGUGUCGGCCGACUCGGUGCCCUGUCCGAUCCCGCAGCGGGCUCAGCGCAAGAGCGGUUCGGAGCCGGGCACCGACCCGGCGGACGGCGGAGGCGGCGACCCGGGCCAGCCGCCGCCGGCGCCGCCCGACCCCGAGCUGUACAACAUCCUGGCCAACACGGCCGAGGCGCUGCCGCCGCCGCCGCCCGCCUACUCCAGCCAGUUCGCCGAGUAUGAAACUGACGAGCUCUCCGACAUACCUGAGGAGGCCGAAAACGAGCUCUCCGACUCGGACCAGCAGUCGGAGUCGGGGCGGAUGAAGUCGCAGCACGACCAGGCCGGCUCGGCGCACUCGUCACCGCUGGCCGGCCGGCGGCGGAUGCCGGCCGCCGGACCGUCACGCGGCCACCCGCACCAGCAGCAGGUGCUAGUCACUGAGGAGAACCUCAGCGACAAGGAGGUCUACCCCAGCGGCUACAUGUCGAUCCCGCAGAUCGAAAUCACCAAGGACUCGGCGAGCGAGGGCCGCGGCUCUGUGGACGCCAGCGAGGAGGACUGCGACCACCGGGGCCUGCGGGGUCGCCGGCGGGGCCCGGGCGAGCGCGGCCGGCCGCCACCGCCGCCGCCGCACGACCCGCGGCAGCAGCGCCACCGGCCGCCGCCCGCCGACCCCUACCGCGACAAUAACUACGCCGGCGGCAAUCACCGGAGCGACGCGCAGAGCGGAGCGCCGCCGCCGCCGCGCCGCGCCGCCGGGCCGCGCGAGGAGCGUAUGCGCAUCUUCGUGGCUCUGUUCGACUACGAUCCGCCGACCAUGUCGCCCAAUCCGGACGCCUGCGACGAGGAGCUGCCGUUCCGAGAGGGGCAGCUCAUCAAGAUAUACGGCGACAAGGACGGUGACGGUUUUUACUGGGGCGAGGCGUCCGGCCGGGCGGGCUACGUGCCCUGUAACAUGGUGUCGGAGGUGCAGGUGGACGACGAGCGGCUGGCGCAGGAGCUCCUCAAGGAGGAGGACCGGCCCACCGCUCGGGGUCGUUCGGGCGGCGGCGGCGGCGGCGGCGGAGGUCGGCCCCGCAGCGGCCAGGAGGACCGCUGGGGCGACAUCUACUCGAGCACGCCCGUAAGGCGCAUGGUGGCGCUCUAUGACUACGACCCGCAGGAGCUGUCCCCCAACGUGGACGCCGAGGUGGAGCUGUCUUUCAAUACCGGUGAUAUUAUCCACGUAUACGGCGAUAUGGACGACGAUGGCUUCUAUAUCGGGGAGGUGAAUGGAGUGCGAGGCCUUGUGCCCUCCAACUUCCUCACCGAGACGCCGCAGAACUACGACCGGCGCCGGGGCGGCCCCGAGGGCCCGUCGUCCUCGGAGCGGCGCGGUCCGCCGGGGCCGGGCGUGCACGGUCCUCCCCUGCCGCCGCGGGACAAGGGCGACAGUCGCGACCGACGGAAAGACUCCCAGUCAGAGGCCAGAGAACGAGUCGGCGACGAGCGCGGCGUCGCCGGCCGACGCCGGCAGCGCUGGUAAGCGGCUGCCCAACGGCGCGCCGCCCGGCCCGGCCGCCGGCGCCGAGCAGCCGCCGUCCAAGACCGGCCUGCUGGGCGGCCUCAGCAGUCCGGGCGGCUUCAUCAAGGGCCUGGGCGGCGGCCUG